AGGGAGAUUAACUGCCCUGUACACAACUGUUGCUUUAAUCCUCCUUGAGAGGAUAGGCUUAGUAGAGAUGUAACUGCAGCCAUAUUGAACAGACUAUGUAAAAAAAGCUUGUUUUUUUUUCAUUUUGACCUUUGAUUACCACCUUUUAUGACCAAUAAGCAUUAAUCUUUUUACAAAUAACUUGAAAUAACUGAAAUUUAUUUCUGGCCAUUCUCUAGAUUAAUUUGUAGCGUAAUCAAUUUGGUAGCCACUAGUUCAUUGAUUCUGGCAGUUAAAGUGUGACAAAAGUUUUCAAUAUGAAGGAUCGAUUGGAACAGUUAAAGGCGAAAAGUGAUGUGGCAGGGGAUGAUGUGGAGAUUCCAGUGGAGAACCAAGCCUUUAUGGAUGACUUCUUCGCCCAGAUUGAGGAGAUUCGCGGCAGCAUUGAUAAAAUAGAUGAGAGUGUGGCACAAGCUAAGAAGCUGUACUCGACCAUCCUCUCCGCCCCUACAUCUGACCAGAAAACUCAAGAUGAUUUGGAAGCUGUCACCAACGACAUUAAGAAAGCAGCAGGCACUGCUCGUAACAAACUCAAGAGUAUCGAGAAACAACUUGAGACGAACACAGAAGAGCGGUCAUCGGCAGACAUGAGAAUACGGAAGUCCCAGCAUGCCAUCCUGGCCAAGAAGUUUGUGGAAGUGAUGACCAAAUACAAUGAGGCUCAGACGGACUUCAGAGACAAGAGCAAAGGUCGCAUCGCUCGGCAGCUGGAGAUCACGGGGAAGACGACAACCGACGAGGAGCUGGAAGAGAUGCUGGAAGGAGGGAACGCAGCUGUCUUCAGCGCAGGGAUCAUGGAGUCGGGCAUAUCGAAACAGGCGCUGAAUGAAAUCGAGGCACGGCACAAAGAUAUUGUUCGGCUGGAGAGCAGCAUCAAAGAGCUUCACGAUAUGUUCGUGGACAUCGCUAUGCUGGUGGAAAACCAGGGCGGUAUGAUUGACAGGAUUGAGAGCAACAUGGACCAAUCGGUGGGCUUUGUAGAGCGGGCGGUGGCCGACACCAAGAAGGCAGCCAAAUUUCAACAGGAGGCUCGCAGGGUGACGUUGAAGAGGAGCAUCCCAGAUUAUCCCCAGUCUAACUCGGAUGGAUGGACCUGCAGUGGUCACUGUCUGUCCAGAGAUUCAUGCAGCUCUAAUCAGAGGAGAGAAUCUCCAGUCAGGCUGCAGGCCUUCCGCCCUGCAAUUCUUUUGUCUUCUGUUUUUAUCUCUCACACGCUCUCGCUCUUAAACACAUAGGCAUGCAUGUGUUCACACAUGCUCACAACUACACGCAGGCAUGCAGAUGCUCACAUGGUAUUUUUCUCAACCUCUUUUCUCCCUUUUUUUUCUCUCUAUCUGGCAUGCUGUCCUCAACAGCUGCCUUUCUCACGUCAAUCAUGUUUCUAGACUAGAUCUGUUUUGGUAGUGUGGUUUCUAACUAUUUUAAUGAGGCAGGGCAACAAUACCAUAAUGAUAUUGCUUAAUAAAAUGAAAUAAUAUUAAAACAAUGAUUACAAUUUCUCACCGCCCUAUUUACAGCUAGCAAUCACAGUAAACCUACCAUGGAUGCCCGUUUUUAAAUUAUAUUUUAGUUGUUGUUUUUUUAAAGUUAUUGCAUAAUUUUGCAUUCGUUUUUCUUUUUUUCUUUUUUAUGUGUUGACGCAUGGACCACCAGGGGGCGUUCCUGUGUCAUAAAACUGUCAUAAGAGCUCAACCCCAGCAUUUUUGUAGUGACUUUUUGUAGCGAUAUGAGUAACCGGGCAGGCAGUAUUAUAUAAAUAGAAGAACUGUGUGUUUGUGUCUUUUGUCGCAUACGAUUUUGUAUAUGGGGCAUUAUAUCUGAUAAAUAUUUAAGGUCAGAUUUCCUGUUUUGUAGCUUUGCCACUCUGUUUACAAUUAAUAAAAGACAUGUCAAAACCCUU